UCCUGUGUGACCGGGAGCGUCGGGUCGGCCGCCGCUGCUGCUGCCUGUCAACACCGCACAUCCCCCUGAAGACGUCUGUGUCCGGGAAUUUUUGUUUUUAAUCGUUUGUGUGUGACAGAGCACUAAGUGUCCUCCACCAUGCCCAUGUACCAGGUAAAGCCCAUCUGUGGGGGUCACAUAGCGACCGAUUUACCAACCUGCAUGUACAAGUUACCAAAUGUCCACGCGCAGCAGGGGAACAGCUGCACCUCUGAGCACGCGCUUCAGAAUGGCGAGGUGGACCCAGCAGUCAAAGCUCUGGAGGCCCGGCAGGACGAGAUAAUGAGAAAACUGUACGAGCUGAAAGCGGCUGUGGAGGGCCUGGCCAAGACAGUGACCACCCCAGAUGCCGAUCUGGACCUGACAGUCAGCAGCAGCCUCUCCUCCCAAAGCCCCAGCUCCACGACCUUUAAAGGCAUCACAGACCUGGACACACUACUGGGCAAGGACCUUGGUGCUCUCCGUGACAUCGUCAUCAACGCCAACCCGGCACAGCCACCCCUGACCCUGCUGGUGCUCCACAGCGUGUUGUGUCAGCGCUAUCGGUUGCUCUCCACCGUCCAUGUCCACUCCUCGGUCACCAGUGUGCCGCCACAGCUCCUGUCCUGCCUCGGUCCACGUCACGCAGACAGCUAUGCUCGCCAGAUGUUCCAGCUGGGCUUCACCCUCAUAUGGAAAGAUGUCCCCAAACUGCAGAUGAAGUUUAGCGUCCAGAACAUGUGUCCCAUCGAAGGUGAGGCCAACGUGGCGCGCUUCCUCUUCAAGCUGCUGUCUCCCUACCCCAGUGACCCUGCCAUUGCCACACUGGUGGACAGCUGGGUGGACACAGCUUUCUUCCAGCUGGCAGAGGGCAGCGCCAAGGAGCGAGCUGCCGUCCUACGCGCCCUGAACUCCGCUCUGGGCCGGAACCCCUGGCUGGCAGGGCCCGAGUUCUCCCUGGCCGACAUCGCCUGCUAUUGCUGCGUGCUGCAAAGUGGCUCCGCGUCCUCUACACCCUCUAACGUCCAGCGCUGGAUCAAGUCCUGUGAGAACCUGGGCCACUUCAACCCUGUCAAGCUAUUUCUGCAGUGACUGGCGCUGUCCCAGGACCGGCCACCUGUAGGGUGUCUAACCCAAGCAAAGUGAGAGAAGGGCAUUAGAAUAUUAAAAUACCCCAGCCAUGUCUGGAUCCCCCUCUGAUGCUUCCCUCCUUACUGUAAUAUAUCACAGAACUGACAGAGACUCAGUAGAAGCAAUAUGGUUGACAGUUUAAGUAACUUAAGGGUAUCUGUUUCUGCCAUGCUGCUUUUGUAUAUUCUAAAGCUAUUUUAUGAAAGGGAGGAAGCAUGAGAGGACUGUAAAGACAAGGGGUUGGUGAUGGAUUCAAUCAAAGGUACUGACAGAAGAAACACACUGUACACCUUCCACCCACUUUGUGCCUAACAUGAUCCUGUUCUAAAUGUGUGGUUUAAUGUGGUGGUGUCCAGUAUUACAAGUUGUUUUCACAAGUAAUACUUUGCACCAUUUGUUUUACUGAAACCAUUAAAAUUUCCACUUUGGAUCAAACUUUGAA